GUAAGACGAGCUAUGUACGAUACUCGCUCAAGAACGAAUACAACUGAUUCCAUUUGUCAUCACUAUUUUUUGGAGAGGUGAUGUUCUGUGAGGUUUGGUGAUUGAUUGACGUUCUUCUACGCAACCCUAACCUUAAAAAUUAAUUAUCAAACAUUCACAUUUAAUAAAAUAUCUUAGGUUAAAAUGUUGUCGUAUUCUAGGAGUUUUGAAAAAUUCCUCUUCAGCAAUGUCGAAAAAUCGUUACCCUUUUCUAUUGCAUAUUCGACAGAAGUCAAGAAAGAAGUUAAAGAGGAGUUUAGAGUUUUGAACUUAAAGAACGUCAAACGACAAACGCAGCCUAAAAGAGCUCAGAAACAGUUAGAGGCACUGCCACCCAGGACCAACAAAAUGCCAGUAGAUCAAGACUGGGGCAGUGUUUGGCCUGGGCCAAGGUCUUUUCAUCCAGCAUCUGUACCGCUACCUGUUCGACAGGGCUAUGUGGAAAAAGGGGUUGCACCAGACAAGUAUGCUAAUGCAGAGCUUAUUAAAAUACCAAAUUUUUUACAUCUUACACCACCAGUUAUAAAAAGGCAAUGUGAGGCUUUGAAAAAGUUUUGUACACCUUGGCCCAAGGCAUUAGAGAAUGACAAAGAAUGUGAAAAGCAUUUUCCUAUUGAGGUUACAUCUAGUGACUAUUGUCAUUCAGCACCUACUAUAAGAAAUCCAUUGGCCAGAAUAGUAACUAUAAAAUUCAAAUUAUCUUCAUUGAACCUGAAUGAAAGGGCAAAAGAUAAAUUUUUGAGGCUUGUGGGUGAAAGAUACAAUAAAGAAACUGAUACAGUGGCUAUAGUUACAGACAGAUGUCCACUGAAAAAACAAAAUUAUGACUAUGCCAUGUACCUUUUGACUGCUUGUUACCAUGAAUCUUGGAAUGUUGAGCCAUGGGAAGAACUUAAAUCUGAGGCUGAUAUGGAGUAUUAUGAUUGGAGUAAAAAUGCCUCUAAGAAGAGUGUUGAGGCCUUGUUUGGUAAACAAACAGAAGAUAUUCCCAAUGUCAAAGAAUACUCUGAAGCUGUCAGUACAUUGAUGAAUGAAGGAGAAAGUGAAUAUUCUGUCACAAAGUAUGGAGAUAGUGUAAGAAAACUGUUGGGAUUGCCAGAUGCACCAAAAACAUAAUUUUAGAUUUUUUGUUCAGGAAAUAUACUAUGAGAAUUAAACUUUGUUUAAAUCAUCCCUCUUCUCGUUAUGAAAUUAAUAUAAUUUUGCACAUUU